AUGCACGAAACAGUGGAAGAAAACACCUUAGCACACUUGAAGAGCGCAGAAACAGUGAAUUACCGAAUCUAUGAGGAAGGUCUUCUCGAGGAAGUGCACCGAUCCGACGAUGCAAAAGGCAAACAGAACAGUGAAGAGCUGCACGGAUUAGCUCGAGUUGUGCGAGCGCACGACGUCAGAGGACCAGCAGCAGCAGCAGCAGCAAGCAGCUCAAUAGGCGGCUAUCGAGACACGGUGAACGCCGCUUAA